AUGAAAAACAAUCUUAAAGAUCUGGAAAUCUUCCAUGGUUCUUGUACCAUAAGGUCCAUGGUUUGGCCCCUCUUCAUUAUAAUCGUCAUCUGCUUUUCUUUCUCCGCAAGUUACCUUUCCCGUUCAUGUUCCUGUAACCAAACAGCACCCUUCCUCAUCCCACUCGACAAAUCCUCCUCGUCAUCUUCUCCCAUACCUCCACCGCCACCGCCAUCUCCGCCGUCACCACCGCCGCCACCUGCUAAAACGAAUCUCUCCCACAUAGUUUUCGGCAUAGGAGCCUCGUCCAAGCUCUGGAACCGCCGGAAAAGCUACGUGAAGCUAUGGUGGAGACCGGAACAAAUGCGGGGGGUGGUUUGGUUAGACAAGCCGGUGAAGAUGAAACCAGAGGAAGUAGAUCUUCUACCGCCAUUGAAGAUCUCCGGCGACACUUCGAAUUUCAAGUACAGCCACCCAAACGGGCACCGUUCCGCCAUUAGAAUAUCUAGAAUAGUUUCAGAGACGCUGAGGUUGGGAAUGAAGGAUGUGAGGUGGUUCGUAAUGGGAGACGAUGACACUGUUUUCGUGGCUGAUAAUCUCGUUAGGGUUUUGCAGAAGUAUGAUCAUAAUGAGUUUUACUAUAUCGGAAGCUCGUCGGAAAGUCAUGUUCAGAAUAUUGCAUUUUCGUAUAACAUGGCUUAUGGAGGAGGUGGGAUUGCUAUAAGCUAUGGAUUGGCUAAAGAGAUUGAGAAAAUGCAGGAUAGGUGUUUGAUGAGAUACCCUAGUUUGUAUGGUUCCGAUGAUAGGCUUCAAGCUUGUAUGGCUGAGCUCGGUGUUCCUUUAACCAGGGAAAGAGGAUUUCACCAGUUUGACGUGUACGGCAACUUGUUUGGGCUUUUAGCAGCACAUCCAGUGACACCUCUAGUUUCAAUCCACCACCUGGACGUGGUGAAACCCAUAUUCCCAAAUAUGGGUCCCAUUGAAGCAAUUGAAAGGCUAAGACGCCCAAUGAGCUUGGACUCUGCUGGGCUUAUGCAACAAUCUAUUUGUUAUGACAGAAGGCGGCGCUGGACCGUAUCGGUUUCUUGGGGCUUCGCUGUGCAAAUAAUCCGGGGCUUUAUCAAGGCCCGAGAUAUGGAAAUUCCGGGUCGGACCAUGCUCAAUUGGUAUCGGACCUAUGACGAAAAUGGGUACCCGUUCAAUACCCGCCCAUUUUUCGAGCAUAAGUGUCAGAAACCUUUUGUAUAUUACUUGUCCAAUGCGGUGUUUGAUUCAAAAACCAACAAAACCAUUACUGAGUAUAUUUCGGAUCGGGCACGAAGCCCAAAGUGCGAAUGGAAGAUGGCUAAUCCAUUUCGGAUUCAGAAAGUAGUGGUUCAUAAAAGACCCGACCCAAAUCUUUGGGACAAGUCUCCAAGAAGAAACUGUUGCAGAAUUUUAUCAACAAAGAAGAAUAGCACCUUGAUGAUUGAUGUAGGAGUAUGUAAAGCAGGUGAAGUUGUAGAAUUUUAG